CAUGAGAUUCAUGAGAGCAUGAGAAGGAUCAACUGAGCUUUUCUCACACCAUUCUUGAUCGGGAAGUGGGCAUGUGUUGAAGAGACCAACAAGAAUCACAAUGCAGAAUUUCCUUCUGGCCCUCUGCGGCCUGGCAGCCUUACACACUGUGGGCGCUGCAGCUGACGUUGUCAAGGGAAAGGUCUUUGACAGAUUCAUCACCAUUUGGCUGGAGAACCAGGACUUCGCCAAGGUUGCGGUUGACAAAAGCAUUGCCGACCUGAAGAAGCAGGGCGUCUUGCUCACCAGAUACUAUGCGCAAACACACCCGAGCCAGCCAAACUAUCUCGCUGCCAUCGCGGGUGACUAUUUCGGACUCAACCAUGACAACGAGGUCAGAGUCCCGGAGAAUGUGUCAACGGUAGUUGACCUGCUCGAUACCCGUGGCAUCUCAUGGGGCGGAUACUUUGAGGACAUGCCCGGCCCCGGCUUCAUGGGUAACUACAGCGAUGGUUCCACGCACAACGGCGGGUGGGAUUAUGUCCGCAAGCACAAUCCCUUUGUGUCGUUUGACAGCGUCACGGCCAACGGAACGCGUCUGCUCUGCUUGCAGUCCUUUGACGAAUUCCACGACGACUUUGUGGCCAAGCGAGUGCCGCAAUUUGUGUUUAUGUCGCCCAACAUGAUGCACGACGGACACAACACGUCGCUCGAGACGGCAACCAAAUGGUCGCAUGAGUUCUUGCAGCCCUUGCUGGACGACAAGGCCUUUGACGAGCGGACGCUCAUCCUGCUCACCUUCGAUGAGUCCGAGAACUACGAGGAGCCGAACCACAUUGUCUCCCUGCUGCUGGGCAAUGCCGUCCCCAAGGAGCUCAGGGGCACACAGGACGACACCUUUUACACGCACUACAGCAUCCUGUCAUCGGUGCAAAACAAUUGGGGACUACCCCAUCUCGGUAGGUACGACGUCGGAGCCAAUGUGUUCCGAUUCGCGGCGGAGACGGCCAGGUACGGAGGAAACAGGGACCCGACGAACCUGGCGACACUCAACAACUCGGUGUCGUAUCCGGGCUUUCUGCACAACGAGACUUGGCUGCCCAUACCGAUCCCGAAUUGGAGGCUUGGGGGUGCUGGAGGAAAGGGUGCGUUGCCGGCGGUUGAGAAGAUCUGGCACGUUGAAGAUGGAGUGCCGUGGAAUACGCCGUAUGAUGGGAGUGGGAAGGUGUUUGAUGGCGGCAAGAACAUGCCUAUCUACAAGCCAGCGGUGGCGAACUGAGAGAGUUCUAUGGUUUCCCCCACGAGAAGAUGCCGAGAUAUCGCUAGAUGGGCUAAUGCAUGCAGCUAGUCUGGUGUUGCAAGUUUGUGGUUUGAGCAAUGCUAGCACGCGACUUCCGUCUUUCAUCUUUAUAUGUCGUGGUGAGCUGCACUUGCCGUUCACGUUGUUGAAGUUGUUGCACCUUCCACAGCGCUGCCGAUAUCUCGUCGCUGAAGGCAGGCACCCUCUUCCUUGAAACAGCAAAAUGAGCAAAUAGGGAAAGAGUGAUGGUCAACUCAGGUUUUCCAUCCCCUCAGUCUCGUCACCGAACCUGACGCUCCUUCCUCUGCCCAAUCACAGAACUUGUCCAAAGUCGCACGAUGGAGUGAGUUGAACCAUGAGAGAAUCUCU